AUGCCAUACAGGGCGGUGUGCAGGCAGGCAGGGGACCCGACGGUGUAAUGUGGUCCGGGGGAGGGUUUAUCUAUCGACUAAGACACCAAACGAGCCAUUUGGACUUUAAAGAGUUGUUAUGAAUGCAGUCGGACAGCCGAGGGUGACGGCGGUGUGACUUCAGGAGAAAUCUUCACAGGAGAAGUUGUGCGCACACAGCGAGCUGCAGGAAAUAUACAUUUAGCAAUAAGGUUGUCACUGUCCCGUACGAGACGAUGUUUCUUUUUGCGCUCUGCCUAUGCCUCGGGAAGUUGGUGUCGUCCGGUGUCAGUUUGGAGUUCCGUUAUCACAACACCGUGGAGGUGGAGAGAUACCUGCGGGACGUUAACAACACCUUCGACUUCACACACCUGCACAGUAUUGGAAAAUCUGUCGAAGGGAGAGACCUCUGGGUGCUCAUUCUGGGAGAGAAUCCGGCGGAGCACCAGAUGGGAAUUCCUGAAUUCAAAUAUGUUGGGAAUAUGCAUGGAAACGAGGUGGUGGGUAGAGUUCUCCUGCUCCAGCUGAUCGAUCACCUGACCCGUGGUUACCUUAGCGACCCGCUGGUGACCCGCCUCCUGAACAGCACCCGCGUCCACAUCCUGGUUUCCAUGAACCCCGACGGCUUCGAGUCCUCCAGCAGAGACUGCAUGUACUCCCAGGGGAGGUUCAAUAAGAACGGCAUCGAUCUGAACAGGAACUUCCCAGAUGCCUUCUCUAAGAAGGAGAGUGGAAUGAGAGAGAUGGAGGUGAGAGCCAUUAUGGACUGGCUGAAGACUGAGAGCUUCGUCCUGUCGGCCAACCUGCACGGUGGGGCUGUGGUGGCCAGCUACCCCUACGACAACAGCAACGGAGGUAGUGAGCUGCAGAGUGGAUCCAGUGUUGCCCCUGACAACGACGUGUUGAUCCAGCUGGCUAAGACCUACUCCUACACCCACAGCGAGAUGCACAAGGGAGACCACUGUUACGACUCCAAGGACUUCAAGGAGGGCGUCACCAACGGUUACUACUGGUACCCUCUACCAGGAGGGAUGCAGGACUAUAACUACGUGUGGGGCCAGUGUCUAGAGAUCACCUUGGAGCUGUCCUGCUGUAAAUUCCCUCCAGAGAGUGAUCUGCCUGGGCUCUGGGACGCCAACCGGGCCGCGCUGCUGGCAUACAUGCAACAGGUCCAUCUGGGUGUGAAAGGGCAGGUGUUGGACACAGAGGGAAACCCAUUACAGAAUGCUCUGGUGGAGGUGGAGGGGAGACAGAACCUCUGUCCCUUCAGAACGGACCGCCAUGGAGAGUACUACAGACUGCUGCUGCCAGGCAACUACACCUUUACGGUGACGUUCCCGGGCCACCAGGUGUUGACGGAGACGAUGGCGGUCCCGUACGGUCCCGACUCAUUCUCGGCCCUCGUCCACAACUUCCAGCUGCAGAGGUCCGCAUCCACCACCCCUGGCCCCAGCCACCCCACCCAGUCCUGCACCCCACCCCAGGUCUGGAGGCCCCUGGGUGGCCACUCUCACAGCCUGGGCCCCUCGGGUGUCACCAUCCUCCUGGGUCUCCAGGUUCUCUGGAAUACCAUGUUACUGUGACCGAGAGAUGGGUCACGUCUCAAAUGGAACCUUAUUUCCUGUAUAGUGUAGGGCUCUGGUCGAAAAUAGUGCACUAUAUAGGGGAUAGGAUGCCAUUUGGGACGUAUCCAUGGAGACGGACAGACAGACUGACUGAGAUGGGAUCUCCCAGUCCAGAGACUUGGGACAUAUCCAUGGAGACGGACAGACAGACUGACUGAGAUGGGAUCUCCCAGUCCAGAGACAUUGUCUUUUUUUCAGUAUUUUUGUACAAACAAAAAAAUCCUAUAUAUAUUUUCUUGUAACACUUUGCAUUGCUCUACCUUGCACAAACACGUGAGCCAUUUUGUGUUUUUUUUUUAUUGUAUGUUUUGUAUUGAUGCUUUUAGUUUUUUUUUUAUAUUGUGCUGAAAGAAAGCAAUACUGCCAGCCAGCAAUCUGUCAUGCCAAGAUAAGAAGAAGAGACAAAAGACAAGGGGGAAGGAAGGUUGUUGAGGACAAGGGGUAAGGAAUGGAGGGAGGGGUGUUGAGAAG